AUGGCGCUAAACUUGAACCCUAAUGCCAUGUCAUCCAUUUCUAUUAAUAUUAAGGCAUUUGGUGCAAAAACAAAAUUACAUAGGGAAAAGAGAAAAAAGAGAUGUCGCAGAGUUUUGGGAGCUGUAACACAUGGAAGCUUUGCGAUUGUGGGGGAGGUAUUAAAAGAUGGACUUCCUAGACUGAUUCGAAUCCUCGGAGAAGAUUUGAGGCUUGUGAGAAUAAUCGGGUCCAUAGGUUUUAGAUCUAACCUUGGAUAUGGAAAAUUCUUCAGAAGAACAGAGGCAAAGGUCAUAUUGGGAGUGGGUGGACGAAGAGAUAUGCCCAGGAGGAAAGGAAGUUCUUCCUGGGUUGCUAAGAAGAAUGAGAGAGCGAUUGAGCAAGAAAACAAGGAAUUGACUGCAACAGUUGGAAGAUUGGGAAGGCAGAGAAUGAAGAUGGAUGAGAAAAUUAUGGUGUAUCGACAUAGAGGGAAACUAAUGUGGGUGGGUCUUGAAAUGUGUAAUGAGUUUGGUACAUUUGUGUCAUUGCCUAACUUCAAUCCAAAGUGGGGUACAUUUGUGCCAUUUGCAUAA